CAGAAGUUUCUGUUAACCGUUCUUCUCUCUCUCUCUUUCUCUCUCUAUCGGUCAUCCAUAUCGCCAUUUUCGUCUCAGAUAUGAAGCUCGCAGCGCGCAAACUACAGGAUUCUGGACAAGCUGAUUGAAGAUGACAAAGAGUCGCUGGAGGGAAUCACUUAGAUCAUUCGGUAGACAAGUUGAUCAUGACAAUAGUGAUCAAUUAAAGAACACCAAACUAGGUAUACAACAUUUCCCAUCAAAACCACCUCAAUUGUUAGAUCAUUGGAGACACUGGAAUAGCUCUUUGACUAGAACCAUGCAAUAUAAAGCUCUUCAAUCAGCAUUGUUCCCAGAACGAGGAUUAUCAUGGUGCAAGCAACCGGAUGGAGCUAACCACGCUUCACUUGUUCCUAGAAAUGAAAUAGAUAAUAAAGUUUCAGACAUUAUGAAGCUCAUAAAGACAAAGAAAGGAGAAACAGAAGACAAGAAUUCCAACAAAGAAUCCAAACUUAUUCAACUCGUGGAAGACAUUCACAAACAGUAUCAUUUGCUGCAUUCACUUUACGAUAAUCUCGCUGGAGAGUUAAUAGAAAAAGCCCGUAUUGCAGAACAAGAAACAUCAAUCUCAAACUACAGCUCAGACUCGGAUUCAUAUUACUCCACAGACAACAUGAGUGGAAAAAACAGUCCCAGAAUCGAAAUCACCACCCCGAAAACCAAAGAGGAGUUCAAAACCCCAAGUUCAGAGCUGGCCGAGCUGCGAAACAGACUGAGCAUUGUCACAGACGAAAAGGAAGCAAUCGGCCAUGAUUAUUCAUCAUCCCAAACCAAACUACAGGAACUAGAGAAAAUGAUCAAAGAAAUGGAGGAAAGGAAUUCUGGGCUACAAAACCACAUCACAGAGCACGAAAACACGCAUUCCUCUCUUCUGAACAGGAUUGAAGAAACCGAUGGCAUUUCAAGAUCCAAGAUGGAGCUCUUGACCGCACAUUCAAACGACCUUCAACUCGAAUUGGACAACAUUCGAUCCCAAAAAUCCCAACUGGAAGAAAAAAACAACGAAGCGUCGAGCAGAGUAAAGAACAUAAUGGAUCAGGUCAGUUUCCUUCAACAAGAGGUCCAUUCAUUAAACAGUCAGAAGAUAGAAUCCAACGAGAAGCUUGAGACAACAAGCGCCUUAAACAGCAAUCUAGAAACAGAGCUAAACAACCUGAAAAGCGAAACAUAUAAUCACGAGCACGUCAUAGAAACAUUAAGAGAGGAGAACAAGCAAUUAAAACAAUCAUGGGAUAAAAAGAUCGACGAGGCAUCAUCCGAACUCCGUAAAAACUUAGAAGAUCAAAUAAGAUUCCUAAGCCGACGAAUAAAGGUAGCCGAACAACUCCACGUGGAAAACAGCGAGGUCUACAGAACGGCAAGAGACAAAUACUUGGAUAGCGAUAGCAUGAAGUUGGUAGCUUGGACAGCAAGCGAGAUGAUGAACGAACUAAACACGGCGGCGAUGAAAUUCGAGGAAUACAGCGAGCAUUUACUGAACAGGAUAUCGAGUACAUCAUGCGCGGUUGUGUUUGCGAAGGAAUGGACGAGGAGGAAAAGGAAGGAAGCGAAGGAAGUGGAGGCAGAGAUACAGGGAUUGAUAAGAGAGUUGCAUUUGAGGGAAGAAGAAGUGUUGGGGUAUAGAGAGAAAGUAUGGAAGGUGGAGAAUAAAGUGAGGAAAUUGGAAAAGGUGGUGAAGGAGAAAGAAGAAGGAAUGAUGGCUCUUGGGGAAGAGAAAAGAGAAGCUAUCAGACAGUUGUGUGUUUGGAUUGAUUAUCAUAGAAGCAGUCGGGAUUAUUUCAAAAGGGUUCUUUCUAAUAAGGGAUGCAAUUCUUCAUGACAAAAUAAAGGUUAGUAAUUCCUUU